AUGGUGGGGCUUGCGAGAAAGAAGCGGGUCACUGACCCUCUCGACGACGAGGCUAAGGCCCGUCUUGUUGGAGCUGAUCUCCGGCGAUUGAGUUACGGGAGCAGCGGGAGCGAACAUUCCGGCGAUGGUGACGGGGACUCGCCGUGUCUUUCCGAGCUUGUGCUUGAUUUCCUGGAGGACAACGAGGAUGAGUGUAAGCCGGUGACGAAUGAAUUGGAUCCGGAUCGGGUCGAUCUCGAGGACGAUAGAUCGGAGCUGGUUGACGAUAUGAUACUCAGAUUGAGUGUCGCGAACAAUGUGGAUUCUCACCGGAAGCUUCUUCUGACGCAUGUUUCGGAGGCGAUAGAGAAAUUUGCGUUUCUUCGUGGAAACGUUUCGGUGUUCCUGCGAAAUGUGAUGGCGUUUCUGAGAGAGAAAGGGCACAAUGCCGCGAUUUGCAAGACCAGGUGGGAUUCCUCCAGUGGAGUCACCGCCGGUAACUAUGAGUUCAUCGACGUGAUCCAAUCCGAUGCGUCAUCGUGGCAGAGCAACAGGUACUUCGUUGACGUCGGAUUCGCCGCCCAGUUCGAGAUUGCUCGGCCGACGAGCAAGUACUCCGAGAUUCUUUCCUCUCUGCCAAGCAUCUUCGUCGGCAAGGCGGAGGAACUGAAGCGUAUCGUUCAGGCCAUGUGCAACGCCGCAAAGAGGUGCUUUCGGAGUAGAGGGUUCUCUGUGCCGCCGUGGAGGAAAAACCGGUACAUGCAGAACAAAUGGUUCGCGCCGUAUCGACGAACAACGAAUCCAGUUCAGGGAAACACAGUUCCUCCCGUUGUUCCGGCCGUUACUGGGGCCAAUUGCAGAUUAGUUGGAUUCGACGACGUGAGUUGUGAGGCCAGACACGGUGGCGUUUUUGUCCGGACGAGAUGAUAGAGUGGCAAGUUUUUGUAAAUAUUUUGGGUGCCCAGGGCAAAUCUGUGAAAUCGAUGCGCCCUUUUUUUGGUUGAGGACUUUAAUGUUAAUUGAAAUAAAAAAUUAAUAAUAGUUAGUGGAUAAUUCAUAA